AUGGCGUCGACGGCAGCGACGGGGAUGCCGGCGGCGGCGGAUACGUUCCCGAGGGACUGGCCGCCAGUCGCCGACGAGGAGGGGGCCGACGGCCGCGCGCGGUUCCGCGCCGGCAGCCUCCGCCGGCGGCGCCGACGGCUGUCGCCGCGGAAGGCGUGCGAGGGUGGCGGCGACCCCGGCGAGCUCGCCCAUUCGUCCGAGUGCAGCGCACUGUCCUACGUGCUCGCGCGGCAGAUCGACGACAAGGUCGACUACUGCCGGGGCCUGAUCAACGCCAGGUUCGACAACUCCGAGAACCUCUACAGGAAGGACCUGCUGUCCCACUACGGAUGCGUCAACGCGAUCGAGUUCUCGAAUCAGGGCGACCUGCUUGUGUCCGGGGGCGACGAUAGAAGAGUUCUGCUGUGGCGAGUGGAGCAGGCGAUACAGGGUAUGGGCAAGCCCACGGUGAUGAAAUCGCAACACGUUAGCAAUAUAUUUUGCCUUGGUUACGACAGCAGCAAGACGAAGAUAUUCUCUGCGGGGAACGACGAUCAAGUCAUAGUCCACGAUUUGCGCACGGGCGAAUCUCUCAACAUCUUCCUGCACGAGAAGCCCGUCUACGGGCUGUCCAUUCAUCCGCACAAUGACGAGGUCUUCGCCAGUGCCUGCGACGACGGGAGAGUCCUCAUUUACGAUAUACGCAGCAACAACGCUAUGGAGACCCUGGCACAAUACAAAAGCGCCUUCCACUCUGUCAUGUUUAAUCCCGUGGACCCCAGAAUGCUCGCUACUGCCAAUGCUAAGGAAGGUGUCAGUAUGUGGGAUAUACGGAAACCUUUGGAGCCUGUGUUGUGUUACGGAACCCCGCAACAGAGUUGCAUGAAUGUCAGGUUUAACUCGAUGGGCAACCGAUUGCUGGCCUUACGAAGGAGAUUACCACCGGUCCUUUAUGCAGUCGAUUCUCCCACGUACCUGUGUGAAUUCGAUCAUCCGGGAUAUUACAACAGUUGCACCAUGAAAUCAUGUUGCUUCGCCGGCGAGAACGACGAAUACGUUCUCUCCGGCUCCGAUGACUUCAAUCUGUACAUGUGGAAAAUUCCGCCUAUGGACGGCAAAGCAUGGGUGGAAAAAGCUCACAUGGUGUUGCGCGGCCACAGAUCGAUCGUCAAUCAAGUUCGAUACAAUCAAGCGAGCUGCAUCUUCGCAUCGUCAGGCGUGGAGAAGAUCAUCAAGAUUUGGAGUCCGUUCCCUCUUGGAACCGGCUGUUUGGGAGGACUGAAGAGAGACGCUGGCAAGCGCGAGAGACAGCGCCGAGUGUUCACGCACGAUGAAUAUAUAGGGCUGGUUCUACGUAGCGGACAAUUUAUGACGCACGAUUACAGCCACCAAUCGACUAAGGAAGACCCGCGAAUGAUGGCCUUUUUCGAUUCCCUCGUGCAGCGCGAGAUUGAAGGAUGGAGCUCCGAGGAUGUGCCAACGCCACAUACCCCCAGCGACUCUGAAAUAAACCCGGCAACGGGCGAGCCGUAUAGCGCGUCAGAUGCCGAUGAUACUACGGCAUCGGAAGGUGGUGUAGCUCCUGAAAGGCCAUUGGAGUCACCGAAUCGUAUAACUCGGCUUAUCGCGAAUCGCCGGGAGAAACUCAUGCGAAUAGCCGCGAUGGAACGAUCCGCCUCGGAUUCCGGUAGCGAAGGGGACAAUGCUCACUCGAGACGCAGGUCCAAGUCCAAGUCCAAGUCGAAGAGCGUCAAGAGGAAACACACCAGGCUCUCUGGCAGGAGAAGACCGUCCGCCAGACGGAAGUGUACUGUGUUAAAAGUCAAUAGUGAUUCGGACAGUGACGACGAGCGGCCGGUCGACGCGGCUCAACCCAGUACUAGUUCCGGAGUGAUUUUCCGAAGAUCGCGGUACGUCACCAGCGCGAUCGAGAAGGACGACAAGAGCUCGAGCUACAGCAGCAGCAGCAGCUGCGUCUACGAGGACAUUGUCGCUAUCCAUAAACGAAAACAUUCUAAAACUGACUCGGACACGUCCGCGAAGGCGCACAAACGGAAGCAUCGAAAGUGCAAAAAUAGUUCACGACACGACGGUUCCGGUAAGAGCCAGAGUAAACGACAGAAGCUCGAUGACGACUCGGAAGAGGAUGAGAAAUCUGCUGGCCAAAGGAAUUGCAUCAACGGCAACUCUAGUAAGGAUCAUCGCGAGGAUGGACCAUCGACGCCGAGUGGCAAAUCGCUUCAAGUUCCUUGCACCCCUGACAGCGGUAUCAAAUCGGGGAUCUCAUCCACGGGCGGGAAAAAUAGCGAGCAGACGCGUAAGGAGCGAAACGACAGAGACGCGGACGAUAGCUCCGACGAGCAGAAACUGAAACGUUUAGAGUGUUUCCGGAAAAAGGUGGAGGAGCUGGCGAGGAGGAGCUAUCGUAACCGAUCCGCGUCCCAGGCUCAAACAGUUUCGACCACGAGUGAUUCUUCCGAUUAAGCGCUCACGCUUACUCAUCGAAAUCCCCGCCCUCCCCGAUGCGCUCUACUCCGACCUCCCAUAUCCUUUCCAUUUGUACAUAAUGUAAUCUGUGAUUCCUUGAAGUAUAUUUUUAUAACACUGAGUUGAUCACGCGCGAACAUGCGGUCGAUUCCUUUUUUUUUUUAAAUCAUAUUUUAGAUCAGGCUUAUCCGCCGUUUUGCCCAUCUCGGCCGAUUUUUCCUGCGAUCCGAACUUCUCCUGUUUCAUCUAGUAAGCUUUGGACGCUCGAAUUCAGGCAUGGUACACGGAGAGAAUUUUUUUUCUUAAAAUUUAUCCUGAAUUUCGAGGAAUUGUGUGAGAGUU